CCGCCCCGUCCCAUCCCAUCCCGUCCCAUCCCGCUCCCCGGGCCGGGCCGGGCAGCGGCGAGGGGCAGCACGGACGCAGCCAUGUCGCACGGGGCUCGAGUGAUCCGCACCGGGGUGAGCAGCGGGGGCCCCGCCGCCCCGCCGCCCGUCACCGUCGCCUCCUCCUCGGCGGGCUCGGACGCGGAGCUCAUGGACGGCGGCUAUUUCCGCUCCUGCGCCGGCAUGCUGAAGGUGGCCCAGAUGAUCUCACUGCUGAUCGGAUUCAUCAGCGUAAAUAACUCUCCAUGGACAGAUUACAGUGCAUACAGCUUCUUUCAGAUUGUCACCAUGUGCGACUUGGUUAUGAUUUUGUUCUUCUACAUCAUGCACAUUUUCAGAGUCUACAGGAAGCUGACUUGUGUUAGCUGGCCACUUGCGGAGUUUCUUCAUUAUUUAAUUGGUACAAUUCUGCUUCUCAUUGGAUCAAUUGUAGCAGCAGCUAAGAGUUACAAUAUAACUGGACUUGUGGCUGGAGCGACUUUCGGGUUCCUGGCUACAAUACUUUGUGUUAUAAGCAUGUGGUCAUCCUACAAGGUUUCGUGCAUCACACAGUCAACAAAUGCAUCUGUGUGACUCCAUCACCUGUGCAAGACGUCUGCUUACCUUACCAAACAGGAUACCAAAGAGGAGUGUUCACUACUGAGGAGAGAGCCGUGGGUAUUUUGUUACUAGCCUGGACAAGCUGGUAGCUUUGGAAGAUCUACUUGAAUGCCUAUGCAAAACAAUGUUGUGAACCAAAGUUUUUUUGCUCCCCCCACCUCCCCACACCCAAAGAAGUUUAUAAUGGAGAACCUGCUUCUUUUGAAGAAAAACAACUUCUGUCUCUCAAGCUGGGCUGUGGGGCUAUUUCCAGCUAUUUGCAAUAAGUGUAUUUAAAACUCAUUUGGACAGUCAUUUGGUUCUCCUUUCAGAGGGAUGGAAAAAAUUCCUUCUGAUUUCCUCCAUCUGUUUACACGAGGGGAAUCCUGCAAAUUCCUACCUGAUUCUUGACUUCCAAGGAUUAUAUGUUUAACAAAGGAACAGUUAAAAACUAAUUCGUGCCUGGAUAAGCUGACCCAAGCCUUUGUUACCUCUUUCCAUUGGAACUGUGGACUUUUUCUAACAUCAGCUCAGCCAGCAUCAAAAGUUAUGAACUGCAACUUGAAAACAUCACUGCGAACACUUCUUCCUAGCCCCAACAGCACAUGAUGAAAUCAGGGAUUUUCUCCAUGAAUUUUUAGCAAUCAAAGAUUAUUUGUAAAAAAUUCCCUUGCCAAAUACAGGAAAAUAUGUACCCAAGAAUAUACAUUUAAUAUUUUAUGGGGUCUUUUUUUUUCUCCUUUUCGUAGUAAGACCACUUCUGUAGAAAAUUUCUAUGCAUUUGCUAUAAGUUAUUUGCUUUGUAAUCUAACAGUGUUUAUGGAAAGCCCAUUGUGAAUGGAACAAUGCACAUCUUUCUCUCUCUUACAUGUGGUUUUGUCACUUCCUCUGCCUCAGCUGGAAUAUGUGCUCCUGGGGACUCUGCCCAGAGCCUGGACAGACAGAACAGUUCAGUUUUAUCCAGCCUGGUGUCAUCAUGAAAUUCUAUGUAACUUCAGUGCUGAGACAAUGCCUUCUUGGCACCUUUGUCUUUCCUUUUGCAGUCCAUCUCUGGUGAGCUGGGAAUUCUUUGCAGGAAAAAAGGAAGCAUGGGCUUUUCCUCCUCUUCCUUGGUGCUUCUCCUUUCAUGUCUAACUGGGAAGUAGAACUUGGAUUAUUCUGUCGAGAUCGCUGCAUGAUGGUGCAGCAGAAGUUGCAUUUAUACAGUUUACCAGGGACACUCUGAAGAAAAAAGCAUUUUCUGGCCUGCUGUAUAUUUUUCUAUUUGUCUGAAAUACUGCAUCAAUAUUGCCAAGUAAUUUAAUGGUUUUCUCAGAAAAUUCCUUUUGUGCCUCAGGGCAAGUCAACAUAUAUUGCUAUUUGUUGCCACCUUUUUUUUUUUUUUUUCUAUCCUUAUAUAUGUAUCUUUACUUAGAAUUUAUUUUUAACUCUGGUAAUUGGCCAACUGCUAAAGUGUCAAAAAUUUUGAGUAAGUAAAUGAAAAUAACUGAGCAGAUAACUUGAAGAGGUAAGAAUCCCCCUCCUCAUGGUGCAGUUUCCGUGAUUCUUUUUUGUAUUCCUUUUCAAAAGUGCCCUAUUUAGAGCAACACAGAGCAGGAAACAAUUUGAAAGCACUGUGGAAAAAACUGUGUUUUUGGUGGAUGAAGGUACAUACAUUCACUCUAAGAUAAAGUGCUUCAACAUUAAUACAGAGGAUUAUUCAAAUCACACACACACACGGUUAUGUGAGUAAUUUUUUGCAGCAGGGGUGCUUGAUCACCAGUCCUCCUGCCAAGACUGACUUUACAGUUUUUGGAAACCAGCGGUCUGACUUUAAUUUGGACGGGUAUGACAGAUGUUUAAGGGUACAACUUCUGCUGUUCCCCUAGAAGAAAAGGACUGUGUUUAUUUCUCCUUCACCUCCUGAGGUAUCCCCCCAGAUUGACAGUAGGAACCUUCCCAAGAGCUUUAAGCACACUUGGCAAUCCUGUGCCAAGCCAAUGUUCUGCUGCAGACAGUGUGAAUGCAGCUGGCACCUCAGCGCUGCGGUGGCAGUGGGGACAAGCACCUGCUAAGGACUGGGGCAGGAGCCUGAGCUUGCUCUACAGAAAAGGCUGUUUCCACUUUCUCCUGGAACCAUGCCCUCUCUCCUGGCACUAUACAAGUUUUUUUUUUUUUCUCUGCCUCUCACAUCACUCUGUCACUUGUCACCAUAUGGAGAAAAAAAAAGUCCAGAGGGAAUUUCAUGCAGUCUAACAACCAAAGAAUUUCUGAGCUAUGUUCUGUGGUCAUCCAAAGGAUAUGUUUUGCUGUAAGCACACUUGCAGUGAUCAAGAGAUGUAAGUUACCAGUUCCCUUUUGGUUUUUGUGCCUACUGGCAGGGCUAAAAUAUUCCUGCAGCUUUGGCUGUUGUGACAGUGCUGGGUCCAUAGACCCACCAGAUGCUCCUAAUCAGGAUGCUCUCAGGCUGGAAGACUGACAUCUCUGCUGCCAAAGUUUCCUUGCUUUCCCCAAGUCCUCCUUCUGAAGCGUGUCUACCAAGAAAAGCACAGAUUUUCUGUUAUCACCAGCUCCACCGGGGCUCGUUGAAUGACAGCUCCGUCUGGCAGGGAAUUCAACACCUCUCUGCUGUACCUCUGCCAGCAAAAGUGUCUUAAGUUUCCUUCAGUGUCAACCUGGCUCUGAAAGCUCCAUCUGUCUGCAACUUUGUCAAAUAUGGGAUUCCAGCUGUUUUAGAAAUAAACUCUGUUAGCUAUUUGGGUGAUGUGGAGAAUCA